AUGGUGACUACUCCUUCGUUCACAGGGACGUGCGAUAAGGAAUUUGCGUUAACAGGUACAACUUUUCUUCAAGCACAGCGCGGAGAGUUGAUUACAAUUAAAGGUACGUCGGUUUUUUUUCCCAUCAAUCUGGCAUGAGAGGGUCAUCAGGUUUUCAAGACUUUCAAAUCUUUGAAUAAGUUUAAUUCUAACCUUGUUGAUGCACCUGAGAAGUCUGGGAAACACAUGAGAAGGGUUAAAGUUGUCCAAGACGCUGUCGGCUUGUUUAAUGCUCUCCAAAUUUCCUAUGCGCUUUCACAUUAGAUCUUGAUAUAUUCAGUUAAAAACACCAACUAUUUAUUAAUAACAUAGAGGGGACAGUGUGUACAUAAAAAAAAUGCGUUUUGUACGUGCAUGACUGCAGAGUCUGACGAUGCAGGCUGAAGAGAGUAUAAUGACGGAAAAAGGAUCCUACUGGCAGGUGAAAACGACGUUAAAAGAGUUUUCACAAGCGAAAAAACGCUCUUUGAUUUGUGCUAAAAUAGCGAAGAAUUUUUUUUCCUUUAGUAACAAGCUAGAGCUCGCAUUUAAACUCGAUUGAAACUUUGCAGUCAAAACCUGAUAAUGCUAAUUUUAAUUUUCACAGGUUAUUACAAAUAUUGUCUUACGCCUUCGUUCUAUUGUCCGUCCUGCGUACGACAAGUGUAUCUGAAUCUCUUCAACAAAAGCAUCUGUCUUGCGUCCUUUGGAAAAGCGCAGCUGGACUGUCAGGAAAAACAUUUCUCUCAGCCAUUUACUGCUCCCAAUUCUGGUGGUACCCAUGAAAUUAAGGUAAUUUUAGCUUAAUACAAUAUGACCCCGCUAACAUGUAAGAAAAAAAAAAAAAAAAAAGCAAUUGGAGUCAUCAAGAACAUCCAGGUUGAACUAGGUGAUAAAUGAACCUAAAAAGGACAGGCCUCUGCUUUGAUUUUGUGGGGCACUGUUGUGGAUAAUCCAAAUCUUUCCACAGACAUUAAAUUUGUCGGAAACGAAAAUGCCCGAGGGUACUACUGUUCUAAAGGUGAUUUCCUUUUUGAAUUGUCUGGAGUGGCGACGAGCGGGAAACAGAUUCUGCCAUUUCUGAUCUGCAGUUUACCUUACUCCUCGUUAAAUUAUGAUUAGUGGCAUUGAUUGGUGAUCAUGUGGCGUUGAAUAGAUUUAUUUACAUCCCACCAGCGAUACAUUUUAAACAAAUGUUCCCUCGCUGAAUAAAUGUUACUGAAAGUGAAAAUGCGUGAUCAGCACGUGGCAAAGGCCAGUGGUCAGACGCCCAUUUUGCUGGACCAAAUCUUUUAGCUCGAGACUAUUUUAUGUAUUUUAAAUGCCGUCCAUCAUGAUCUAACAGAAUAUUUAUUUUCAGAUGGAAGAAAUACUGGAUUUUAGCUGUGUGCUAAGCCGAAAAUCAAACACCGGCCUAUCGCUUGGUACAGUUUUGGUUAAAGGUUGGUUGACGACAGACUUAUGAGGAGUUUUGACGGUAGCAUUGCAGUUCAUAGUUGUAUCCAAUUAUUUUUCGAUGAAAAUACUUGUUUGGUGACAGAAAGUCAUGUGACAGUGUAUUAUAGGGUGGUGUGUAAAUUGCAUGAGAACAAUGCGGAAAAGAUUUAGUUCAAGACGACGACACUCGGAAAUGAGAUUAAAUUAUAGGCUAUUAUCAAGUAACUCAUUGCUUCGUGAGGAUAAUUAUGAAGCGACGGAAAGGAGAGGUUAUGAUCUUAAAGGGUUUUGUGCUUUUUUCCCUGAGGAGGGGAAUACGUGUACUGUAAUAAUGCUUUUGCAACCCUUGUAGAAGGAACCAUUGACAAGUUAUUGCGACAUAAAAUUUCAUUCGUUUCUCAGAACCACCCACCAUCAUCAACGUCUCCAGUUUUCUAUUUGAAGUUGUCACAGGAGAUUCCUUGACACUUCAAUGCUCCGCGCGCGGCUAUCCUUCACCAGCAGUCCGCUGGUACAAAGACAGUAAACUGGUCCAUAAUGAUACAAGUCUUGAGCUCUCCUCGAUCAAACAGUCCGAUGCAGGACUCUAUGCUUGUAAUGCGUCAAACGUCGCUGGGAGUGACUCUCGUGUUGUGGAGGUCCUGGUGAGAGGUGGGUGUUCACGAGGAUUUUCACAUGACCCAUACGGCUCCGCGCGCGAUUUCAUUGAAAAGAAUUGGAAAAAAGAAAGCAUUCCCGUGUAAAAGCCGGGGUUGAUGGUGCAUAAAGGGCCGCACCUGCAGGCCAUAAGUCCCAGCUCAAGGCCUUGCGAGAAGCACGGCGAAAAAAACGGGUGCAAAGAAAGGAAGAAGGAGUAAAAUCGGCAGGCAUAAAUUGCUGUUGACCGAAAAUUAGGGGAAAAAGAUCCCAGGAGUUUAAAGUUUAAGGUUUAUUUGUAAACUCUUUAAACCGUGAAAUUAAGCAUUAAUUUUCUUUUUGCAGUAAGGAGACCUACAAUACACCAGACCGUAUCAACAUACGAUGCCAACAAUUUGUUUCAAAAGUGAGUGAGAACUGAACUAAUUUUUUGCUCACAGAUUACAUUUUCCUGCAACCAACAACUUAUUAAGUUUUCUCCAUAAUGAGUUAUUAAUUUCUGUGCUUACAUCCUUUUAUAGUGAUUCAGUAACAUUUACAGUAAUUUUAUCGCACGACUUGUGGUCGCGUGACACUGCCUUUAAUACAAUAUUGGUUUGGACUCUUCCUUACUACGCGAGUAUGCUGAAUCACGUGCCUUUGACAAAUGUGUCUAGUCCUUACCCUGGAGAGUAUAAUUUUAAGGUGAGCCCAUGAAAAAAAUAGGUAAGGCUCAUUUACCUUAGGCUUCAUUUCCUGCUGUUCGAUUCAUAGUUUUGUUGCAUGCCAAGGAGGUAACCUCUCAAUUGUCCGUUGAUUAAUAAAAAGUUCGAAAGCUUAGGGCCAACUGAAAGCGUUUUUGCAAGACAACGUCUUUUCCAGCACGCAGUGCCUUUUAAAAAGCCAAUUGACUGAAGUUCUGAGACUUAAGUCAUGACCGUCUCAGUGAGAAGAAGAAAAAUCGUUAACUUUCGGCAGAUGUUCAAUUCAGCUCAGGGCAUUUGCCUCACACGACUGUACUGCAUAAGGAAAGCCUAUACAAUGCUUAUUUAAUCAAAGCCAAUAGUGGUUUCUUACGGCUAACAGCUUCGCCAAUAGUUUUCAGUUAUCUUUCUCUAGGUUAAUGGUAUCGUCAUGAAUUGUUAUUCAAGCGAGGCGCGCAGACGCCAUAAGACAAUCAAAUGCAAAUGACAUUUUUAACUCAAUCCUACUUUUGCAAUUUUUUUAUGUUUGUCAGAUUGGAGAAAUUCAGCCCGGGUCAUCAAAGCAAAUUAACAUCACGGUCCAAAUUGAUCCUAAACGUGUGCUUUCUGUUGGAAAAUACUUCCUGUCUGUACCAAGCUUCAUUCUGUAUGAACAACGCAUGGCAAGUAAUGCUGCCAAGUUGUUCGUGGGCUCAAUAGAGUCCGUAACGCUUAACUUUACAGUGAGAGAAGGUAAUUAAAUAUGGCGGACAACGAGAGAAUUUGGACCUCGAUUUAACCUCAAAAAUCAAUUAUUGAAAUUUUCAGGGGAUGAUAUGCAAAGCUAACUAAAAGAUUUAAAUAUUGUCAGUAAUAGAUAUGGUAGUAACGAAUUCGAAUAUUUGAAAGAAAGUAGUGAGUUGUUAGAUUUGUAAAAUUAUGUUUGGUAGAUCUUAAAGAAUAUUUUUCUAUGUCUUGUUAGAUGCUCAGAGAGGAUUUCUGUUGAAUCCAUUGUUUGACGAAGUAUACCUCUGCCAAGAGAAGAAAAGGUCAUUAAAUUAUAUGCAAGAGAGCAUGAUUUCUUGCUUAGUAGUUAAAAUUGUAUGAGAUCUUCGUAAAAUUACAGUUAAAAAGGAUAGCACUCUCGUACUGCCUCUGGCGGUAGAGACGAAUAACGACGAGUCAACAAUUAACCGCUAAAACAGAGGAAUGUUCACCUAAAAAAGCAUAAGCAUUGUAAGUGAUCGGCGUAAGUAAUCCACUGAUUUCGUAAUUUUUGCGGUUUGUAAUCUUUACUUUAUUGUCGUCCUCUUCUAUAGUGAUUUGAAACCUUCCUGUUACUUUUCAAAUGAUGGUGUUCAAUGGAUUGGUAUGUAUAAGUAAUGCUUUCUCGUUAAAGUUGUCCAAUGUAUUUUAUUUCAAUGCCGCUAUGAAGCACAGAGUGGCAUCUUUUUACCCAUAGGGCUAGAUCCGCGAGUGAAAAUGAUUUUUGGGAUGACUGUUCGUGGAUCGUACAAAAGGAUUUUUGGCUUGGGAACAGAUAGUCAAUGUCACGCAGUCAGUAGGGAUGGCAUUACUUGGAGUUGCAUUUUGCCUGAGAAAUGGAAACGGGAAUCGUCUUCUAGGGAUUUCGUACCUGCUAUUUCAGUUCCUGAAAGGCUCAAGUCUGAUCUGCCCGAAAGCAAUUACAUUGCUACGAAAACUGAUGGAACAGUCUCAUAUGGAGGUGAAGUAUGAUAUUUCAUUGUUAUUGUCAAUGGCGAUCGGGUGUCUUAUAGGCUAGUGCAAUGUAAUCGGGAUUAAAUAUCAGAUUUCGUAUCUUAGGGAAAGUCUUGACUUUAGUGUUGAUUGUCUGCACCAGGGAGUACUUAUGGGUUGAUAUGUCUGGGAAAUGUUACAAGUAUAUGAGGGUAACUAGCUGCGAUGAGCUAUGUACAGCAUUUUACCCCUGGAGAAUAGCAACACCCCUUAUGACCUCUUUCCUUAGAAAUCAGAAUAUUUUAUAGUAGUAGCAGUCUACAAGCUGCUUGAAUUUUUCUCUUGUUUUGUUACCCUCCUUCUAUUAUUUUAUGAAACAGAGUGUUCAAAGCAGGCAUGUAUCUCUUGCCUUUGCAAUCGCUGUAUCACUGGCUUUCAGUUUUAGUGUUAUUAUUUUUGCCUUUCGUUUCAGCAUCAGCGAAAGGUUUACACAUGAAGAUCAGAUCAGGAGUAUGGAACUUAGUAGCCUCUUGGGAGUGUCCAUAA